UCACAGAGAGAGGACGGAGCUUUAACGGCUUUGCUUCAGUUUCUGCACACAAUGCUGAACCCGCAGAGAUCUCUGUCCGAGUUGCCCAAGAUGUCUUCAGCUAGCCAGGUGGAGAGAGCCGUGCUGGAGGAGGAAUUCAACUGGCUGCUUAAAGAAGAAGUACAUUCUGUCCUGAAGCAACUCCAGGAUGUCCUCAAGGAGGCGUCCAGACGUUUCUCCAUGCCGACACCAGGCCUGGAGAGUCAGCUCAAACAGGAAAACUUCAUCCUCGGCAGCUCAACCAUGGAUCAAGUGAAAGGAGUGCUGACUCUGCAGGGAGAGGCUCUGACUCAGGCUGACAUAAACCUGAAGGUUGCAAAGAGCAGCCAAGUGCUGCACUUUCAGUUCAGGGAGGACAAGCAGUGGAAACUGCAGCAGAUCCAGGAUGCCAGGAACCACGUGAACCAGGCUCUCCAGCUGCUGAGCAGCCAUGAUGACAGCUACCACUUCAAGACGGGAGCUGAGGUGAACAAGCUGAUGGAUGCAGUGAUGCUCCAGCUGACACGAGCACGGAACCGCCUCACCACCCCAGCCUCCAUGACGCUGCCUGAGUUGGCUACCAGUGGACUGAUGAAAAUGUUCACUCCUCCCAUGCCCGGAGAUGUAAUGGUGAAUUUUUACAUCAAUUUAAGCAAACUGUGUCUGACCGUCUACCAGCUUCAUGUGCUGCCUCCCAACACUACAAAGAAUUUCAAACCAGCUGGAAGCUCAGUAUUGCACAACCCUGGAGCAAUGUUUGAGCUCAACAACAACCGCUUCGAGGUGAGCCACGUUCACAAGGUGGAGUGUGUGGUGCCCUGGCUCAAUGACACGCUGGUGUUCUUCACCAUCUCACUGCAGCUCUGUCAGCAGCUCAAGGACAAGAUAUCUGUCUUCUCCAGUUUCUGGAACUACAGACCUUUCUAAUCCACCUCCAGAGACCUUCAGACACAAACAAACCACACAAGUGUAAGGGACUUCCUGGGAAUGCUUUUAUUUUUUUAAUGUAUUUAUCAUCCGGUCAUACAGUCAAGUGUUUCAUGAUCAGCCGAAGGAGCCAAUCAAAACCCCCCCGACAGGUAUCCAUGUUUGCCAUUCCCACUUGUGUUAGCUCUGGUGUGUGUGUGUGUGUGUGUGUUGCAUCUCACAGCACUGAUUUGAACUUCUCCUUGAAUGAAUGUGACUUUUUGUUGAUUUAUUAGCAUUACUUUUUUGUUAUGUUCCAGCAAUGUAUUUUUUAUUUGGUUUUUAUACCAAAGUUAUCAACUCAUCUGAACUGUGUUAUUGUGUGAAACACUAAUUUGUGCACUCAGGGUUGGAAAACGAUGCAGUCCCUAAGAGCUCAAAGUGGGAGAUUUCUUUUCUGUCAUAUUAUUUUAGUUCUCUCAUGAAGUUCUUAAAGUUUUUUGCAUUGCCUCUUUAGUCCUCCAUGUUUUCUCAGCCAGCUUCUUACUAUGACGAAUGUAGCUUCAACACUUUUGGUUAUUUCACUUGACACAUUUUUGUGCCUGUGUCUUUUUUUUCUGUCUGUGGUUGGAAGUUGGCACGUCUCGUGCACCAGGAUCAGGAUUUGACAACAUCUGAAAAUAUGAUGACAGUGGAGGGCUUGUCUGCUGAUGCACAACUUAAACUUUGACUAUUGCACAUUAACUGUUGAAUAUUUCAUGUUAUAAAGAAACACUUAGAAAGAAAAAGCACGUUUUCAAGAGCUGUAAUCUGUUUGUUUAUCUUCUAUACACAUUAAUGAGAUGGGUGCUGUCUCAGCUGGGGCUCAGCCAUGUACAGGUGGAGUCACAGGUGUGCAGGUGGAGGUGGGAUGCCAGUAGUUUCCCUCAGGUAGGGGGUUCCUAACAGUCAGAUAUUCCUUUAGUUUUACUAAUUUCAUAUUCAUGCUUAUUAACAGUGGCAGGUCAGUAUAUUUUACGCUAAGUUGUAAAUGGAAUUAAGUAGUUUGAACAGUUCUUAGUGCUGAGUGUUGUACAGUGUAAUGAAUGGAAACAUACAGUUAAUAGAGAGCAUUGUAUGAGAGUGCAAAAAGCUUUAUAAGGGAAUACAAACAUAAAUGUAUAACGAUAUCAAUCCUGUGAGGAGAUGCAGAAGUAGUGUGAAAAUAUUUCCCACUGGGUUAAAAACAUGUCUGUGACUGUUUUUUUAGUUUUUGUUGGAAAUGACUUGGAAACACACAUUCCCUGUUUGUUACUAUAUGGAAAAUGAUGAUAAAUGAUAAGCUACUAGUCGUGUCUGCUAUAUGUUUAUAUUUAUUUACAUGGCGUUGGUUUUUUAAAGUAUGUCGCUGAUUCCCUGUGAACCAAACCGUUAUCCAAUCAAGAACAAAUGACUUCAUUCCAGUAAGUGUUAAUCUAUUUUGCAGAGCUGCCUAUCAUAUCAAAUGUGGAAAUUAUUUAUCUGAUA